ACCGCCCCCUAUCACCCGCAAUCAAACGGAGCGGCGGAGAGGGCAGUACGGACAAUCAAGGAUGGUCUCCGGAAGAUGCGACGCGGAAAGCUGGAGCAUAACCUUACACGUUUUUUGCUUAAUUACAGAAGGACUCCCCAGAAAACCGGAAAGUCGCCAUAGGAAAUGCUGCUGGGGUACCAGAUACGGUCGCGCCUGGACACCUGCUUCCCUGCGGCGACAGUGUCUAAUUCUAAAAAGGAAAACGACGAGUGGUUGCCUCCAACGGACUGUAGUGUACAUGUCCGCAACUACGGGUCAAAUGGUAAAUGGAUACCAGGACGGGUAACAGCGACAUCGGGAGGACGGAUGGUCACAGUGGAGACUCCUCAAGCAAUCGUGUGGCGUCACAUCGACCAAGUGCGCACCCGCACUGAAUCUUCUCCAGAUGAACCACCAGGAACCGACCCAGGCUCGAUCAGCAGAGACCGUACUCAGAGCGCACCGCCACUCUGCCAAGAGCCAUCCGCGAGCCCCGACGACGCGGGAGAAUCUUCACCCCAAGAAGCGUUUCGAGACCUGGACCACCAGAUACCUGUUCCAACACUCGUGGCAUCCGGGGCAGACCAAGUACCCAUGCAACCUGUUCGACGCUCCACAAGAUCCCGCAAACCAGUGCAGCGUUUUUAAGAGGGAAGAAAUGUUGUAAAAUGUGGUAUCAAACCGCCGCGUCAUGUGCGCGCUGUCAAUGCGCAGGCGCCAAGUUCUUUUUCUAUAUUCACUCCUCCUUUUCCCUUUCCCCUUUUGCUUUAUAUAUACGUGCAUUAAACACUUGUGCGUUGUUCUCGGCUAACCACUGGUCCGUCAACGUCUCCCUUCUUACAUGACGGCAGCUACGCUGCCGCUGCUAUGUUACAGUUUGUCACAUUGU